GCACAGAGAGCAAAAACCAGGCAGUUUCCCCAAGCUACAAGGUUUAUCCCUCUGGUAGCAACAGCCAAGGUAACUUUGCAAAGUUCUCAGGAUGGGCAACACGUUCAGAGCCAUUCUUGCCUUUAUUCCUUCUGAGGCGUGCCAGAAAUACCUCGUGGGGAACCUUGAAGAGAUGCCAAUUGAUAAAAUGUUGGACCUGAGUGGCAGGCAGCUGAGGCGCUUUCCUUCAUGCAUUUGUUCUUUCCGGGAGCUGGUCAAGCUGUACUUGAGUGACAACAACCUGAAUCAUCUGCCCCCAGAGCUAGAACAGCUACAGAACCUUCAGAUCCUGGCACUGGAUUUCAACAACUUUCAAAAGCUGCCUUUGGUGGUGUGCACCUUGAAGCAGUUGUGUAUUCUUUACCUGGGCAAUAACAAACUGGGAGACCUGCCUGCAGAGCUAUGCCAGCUGCAGAACCUCAAGACAUUAUGGAUCGAAUCCAACUGGCUGUACCACCUGCCCAAUGUGGUGUGUGAGCUGAGGCAUCUGAAGACACUGCAUGCCGGCUCCAAUGCACUGCAUUCCCUGCCUGGACAGCUUCGAUAUCUGCAGGAGCUGCGCACCAUUUGGCUAUCAAACAACCUGUUGGUUGACUUCCCACCUGUGCUGCUCCACAUGCCUCUCCUGGAAGUUAUCGACGUGGAUCGCAACACCAUCCAUUACUUCCCCAGCCUCAUGCACCUUAGUGGUCUGAAGCUGGUGAUCUAUGACCACAAUCCCUGCAGAAAUGCGCCCAAGGUAGCAAAGGGGGUGCAUAGAGUAGGGAGGUGGUCUGAAGAGAGUCCUGAGCCGAGGAAGCGAUCUGGGAUGGAUAGAGACAAAGCAAUAGAGGACAUCAACUCCCUCCUCCCUCCUCCUCCCCCCUGCAAGCUGUCUCAGUCCAAUUAAAGAGCAACACUUUCCUCAGAUUCCCAGGAUCACAGAGCCAGCAGUUUGCUACAGACUCUGUCAGGUUGGACUCCUUCAGUCAAAAAAUGCCUUUGAUAUGCUUCAUUUGGGCUCACAAUUGUUCCAGGCCAUACUCUUGCACAAAGUUGUGCACAUGUGAAUUCACUUGAUUCCUAUGGUAUGUCGACAUGCAUAACUAUGUGAAGAAUUGCUGCAAGUGUCCAGAUAAGAUAAACUUUAAAUUGUGGCAGCAAUCAGCAGAUCUAAUGUUUUAAGCAUCUGCAAAUGCUUCUCUUCAAAGAAUCCAGAUGGAGGAGCAAAAGCACAUAAACUUCCUAAAUACAUCAAAUGUGGGGGCGAUAGGAGAUGUCCAUUUAAACCCAAGAGAUAAAGAAUGAGCUGGUUUAAACUCUGUGUGUGUGGGGGGGUGUGUGUGUGAACUCAGUGCCCUAUUGUCUUUUCUGUAAAAUGACAACUGAAGCAAAAACCUGUGACAGAAGAAAGGUCUAGAAGUGUUUUGAGGAUAUUUUUAAAAGCACUUGCCACCCUAAUACAACCAAGUAAGGUACACUCAAUACUGUUCUUAGUAAAUGUAAAAUGUUUUGUGUUUGAGUUUAAUGGCCUGCCAUUAGGAUCAAGUCAUGUUAUUACCAGAGCAUCCUAAAGCCUACUUAGGGAACUCCUGCAUACUGAGUUAAUGCUCUUUCCAAAAAAAUGUAGCACUGUGCAUGGCUACAUGGGCUAAGAUGACUGGCAGAAUUUGCAGCACCCUCACCAAAACUAGUUUCGAGAGUUAUUUGGGGAAGUCGUGUCCAAACUAGUAUAAAAUCAGAAUCUAUAGACAUGCUGUUGACAUAGGCUUGUUGCUAUUUAAUGUCUUGACCUAUUGUACAUAUAACUGCAGCUGGAAAGAAUGCCCAUACAUCUUCAGUAAUUUUUAUGUUUAAACAAAUGAAUUAAAGUUGUUAGUUUUGACAUAAGUAGGCUUAUUGGAAGUACGUUCCACACACAUGCUUCCACAUAAGUAUCUUUACAAUGUGUUGAAAAUAUUUUCAUACCGAUACCUACAGAAGUAAACUUUAUACACCAGGAUAAAUUUGUACGUUUCAAGAAGUCCCAGUCUUUGGCAUAGCAUCUUUUGAGAGGAAUUCAUUGAACCUUUGGACUUCAUGUGUCUAAUUCACUACCAAAGCUGUGCUUCAGCAGCACCAAUGCUGAAUAAUCUGCACCUUCAUGCAGGUACCACAUAGAAGCAGUUACUUGCAGUGGGGCAUAUCCAUACAGUAUUGUGCAUGCCUGGUGCAGGCGGGCUCCUUUACAGGAAACCAAACCCCAAACUGCCUCGGUAAUGGCUGGGACAGCUUGCAACGGGAGGUGUUGUGCAGUGAUCACAGGUCCCUCCAAGUGUUUCCCCCUAUAGAGCUCUAUGGGGAAAGCUCCUGGAAUACCCCAUGCCACUGCACCCCAUUAUUGAGCCAGUAUAGGGAUCAACGUCUUAUAAAGGAUGCCCCCUCCACAAGCACAGUGCUGCACUGAGAUAGUCGCAGUGUGAGGAGCUGUUUCCAUGCAGUACCUGUGCAAAGGUGCAGGUCUGGUGCUUCCCAAGUACAGGCUGCCUGCCUAUCCUCAUACAUUAAAACAGAAUGUUUGAGUAACUAUGUUUUAUAUGUAAAAAUUAAUCCUGUUGGUCUCUGGAAAAUACACAAGUUAUAACUCUGCUCCAUCUACAGCCCUGUUUUUCUUGGUGAAUUCUUCUCACGUGAACCUGACUUACAGUCAGAAUUAGUACAGUCAAGUCAAAGUUAUACCACCACAUCGGGGGGUGGGGUGAGAGGGAUUUGUAGAUCUUCAUAAACAACUGCCUCUCCCCCUAUGAGCCUACUAGCUAACUCCGUCAUCAAGCAUUGCUAGCUGUUCUUAAUUAUGGAUCCAACAUUCUUCUUGAAAAGUUUAGGAAAGUUACCUUCUCGCUAUAUUUUCAGAGAUGCUAAAAUAUUGUGAAACACUUUGAACUAUUUGAAAAAGUAAUGUUUUAAGUACAUCGUUUCUAUCCAACCUCAGAGAUCCCGAGUAAGAAGACUGUUACUGAGCAUUCUCUCACACUGAUUUUCUUUCUUUUGCUUAUGAUCGGUGACUCGAAGAUUAAAAAUGCUAUAUCCUAGCACACUGAAGGGUUAA